AUCAAAGAAAAAGUACAGCAGCUGAGAAGUCUGUUCUUGUCAAAGCACAGUGGCUGUCAUGAAAAGCAAUACCCACGAAAAAGCCAUGACAUUUGGCCUUGCACUUGACAAACACAUUGUAAACAUGCUUCAAAUCUACACUUGUAGCUCAAUCAUUCAUAUUGAAAGUUGUUUAAAAUGGCAAACUAUCGCGUAAGAAGACGUCUUACCUUAGAAGAAAUUAAUAGGGGGGUUGGGAUGCUGGAAGAGGGAGCGUCACAACGUCACGUGGCACGUCAGCUUUGCGUUGUAGCCAGGAUGUGGAGCCGCUACCAAAUGCAUGGUAAUGUUAUCCCCAGAAAGAGGGGAGGUCGUCAGAGGGCUACUAGGCAGGCACAAGACCGUUUUAUUGUGGAACAAGCCCGACGUCAUCGCUUCAUGAACGCCACGGCCCUUCAAAAUGACUUGCAGAAUGCAUCAGGGGUUCGAGUUUCAACUCAAACCAUUCGAAACAGACUGCAUAGUGUUGGCAUGAGGGCUAGACGACCUGCCAUUCGUAUUCCAUUGAUGCGCAACCACAUCCAGGCUCGUCUCCAAUGGGCACAAGAUCACAUAACCUGGUCUUUAAAUGACUGGACACCAGUACUCUUCACAGACGAGUCUAGAUUCUGUGUAGACUUUACAGAUAGACGUGCCCGGGUGUGGAGAAUAACCAAUGAGCAAUUCGCACCAGUAUGCAUCGCAAACCAUGAUCAUUAUUGUGGGGGCUCAGUAUUGGUUUGGGCUGGGAUCAGCAUCAGGGGAAGACCGAUCUGCAUAUCAUUGAUAACGGCACUAUGACAGCUCAGAGAUACGUCAGAGAGGUCUUGGAUAUAUACGUCGGUCCAUAUGCUGGUGCAACAGGCCCAGAUUUCAUUUUAAUGGACGAUAAUGCCAGACCUCACAGAGCCAUGGUGACCAAUGAGUACCUCCAAGCUGAAACAAUCGUCAGGAUGGAGUGGCCUGCGAGGUCUCCGGACCUCAAUCCCAUAGAGCAUGUCUGGGACAUGCUUCAGGUUGCAAUAUCUGCACGCCCUGUCAAGCCUAUCACAAUCCAGGACCUACGACAAGCCCUCCUAGAAGAAUGGGUUUAAAUCCCACAAGACAGCAUCCGUGGGCUUAUCAGCAGCAUGAGAAGGCGAUGCCAAUCAGUUAUCAAUGCCAAUGGGAACCAUACACGAUAUUGAAAAGAUCCUUUCACGCCAAUCUUGACAGUGGGACAUAUGAUCAACGAGAUGUUGACAAAUUCAAAACCAACGACCAGUAUGUAGCCACUUUCAUUCGUUCCUAUGAGACUCCUCAGGACGGUUGUGAACAUGUGCAUGAGUCCCUCAAGUUUCGCAGGGAGAUUGGAUUAAACGAUUUGACACCUCAGAGUUUUUCAACAGAAUUAUGGGAGUUAGGGGAAGCAUUUUUCCACAAUCACGACAAAGAUGGCAAUGCUAUUUUGUAUAUUGACGUGAAGAAACACAGGAGGGAUGCAAAGCUGCUGCCCACAUUAAAGAAAUGUUUUGCCUUCAUGCUAGAGACCCACACCAAGCAGUUUCCUGGGGUGAAACUGUGUGUGUUGUUGGACCUUGCAGGCUCUGGCGUCUCUAAUCUGGAUAUGGAUUUCAUAAGGUUUAUCAUCAAUUCUUUCAAGUCCUACUUUCCUAGCUUACUAGAAUACUUGCUGUUGUAUGAGAUGCAAUGGUUCUUUAAUGCUGCCUGGAAGAUCGUAAAACAAAUGUUGAAUGCUGAGUAUGUGAAGAGGAUCAAGUUUGUGACCAAGGCUGACAUUCAGGGAUACAUAGACAAGGAUCAGCUCUGGGAACACAUGGGAGGAACUGACAAGUACGUGUAUUCGUAUGAGCCAGAGAUGUUUGAAGCUGGGAGUGGUGGAGACCCGGAUCAACCAGAUGCAGAGAGAAAACGGGUGACAUUUGCUAAUUCCAAUGACAGCUCAGUAUAUAGGAGCACUAGCAUGGACAGUAUCAAAGAUUCAGCUUCCAAAAUGAAUGUUAACAACAGUGGUGCAGGUAUAAUGAAGAGCCCCCGUGGUCCCCCCAGUAGGACCCCAAGUAGAGUGAGCAGGGAAGACAACUCUUACCGGGGAAAGCUGCUUACUAUCUGUCCUGCAGAAGAGGUAGAGUUUGCUGUGGAGGAGGAGGGUGGAGAGGCCUGUGAUAACAUCAUUUUAAAAAACACACACACACAUGAUGUGGCUUUCAAGGUGAAAACUACAUCGCCAGAGAAAUAUCGUGUGCGUCCUAGCUCAGGCUACAUCAAGCCUGGAAGUGAAACCGAGGUGUCCGUACAUUUGCAGCAGGGAUACCAGAAUACUGUGCACAAAGACAAAUUCCUAGUCAUGGCCUUAGAAGUACAGACUGAAUCCAGCAAAACUUUUGCAGACCUGUGGAAAGCAACACCCAAGGACAGUAUAAUGGAACAUAGGCUGCGAUGUGUGUUGGUUCAAGGCAAGGACUCCUCUACUCAGGCUACAGGUGUAACUGCAGGACAGAAGGCACCCCUACUUAGUGAGCUGGCAGUAAAGGUUGACACUUUACUUCUGACCACGAAAAGACUUCAACGGAAUGUUCAAUACCUUGUUGUGAGUCAGUUGUUCCUGAUACUCCUUCUUGUGGCCUUGUUUGUAUACUGGAAGAUGUACACAGAGCAGGAAUCUGGGGUCAAUAGGGAGGACUCUCAGACACAACAAUGUUUAAAGAUGGUGCCUCAAUGCCAAAAUAGCUGAAGAAUGAUUCACAGUUUUAUACCUCUAAACUGAAAUUUGAGUAGUUUUAGAAUAUGAAAUAAAUAUAAUGUUGUAAUCAAAAGGUUGACCAAAGGGGUAUCAUUGACAGAUAUAUAUUUUUGUAAGAUUCUUACUAAGAUAAUUAUUGUGACAUUUAUACUUCAAUUUGUUGUUAUGCUCCCCCAAAAAUUUUGGGGUGAGCAUAUAGUCGCCACUUCGUCUGUCCGUGCACAGUUUUUGUCCGGGCUAUUUCUCAGCAAUUAAUGACCGGAAUUCAAUUAAACUUUAUGGGAACUUUCACUACUAAGAGGAGAUGUGCAUAUUAUCGGUUGUGGUCGGAUGAUUUUUCACAGAGUUAUGGCCCUUUGAAAUUUUCUAUAAACUGUACAUAUAGUGCAAUUCUUGUCCCCCCCAACUACUGACUGGAAUUCAAUGAAGCUUUAUGUGAAGCUUAACUACUUUGAGGAGAUGCGCAUGUUAUUUGUGGGUUCUGGAUAGAUGAUUUAUUUAAAGAGUUAUGGCCCUUUGAAAUUUUUAAGUUGCUAAACCAUCCAUCGAAUUUUUUUGUCCUAAGUUUUGCCCCUCAAGACAUUUCCUUUUAUCUGAAUAUAUAGUGCAAUAUUGUGACAAAAAAACCUUUAGGGAGCAUCACCCAUUUCCGACGGUUUCUUGUUUUUUAUGCUGUUGUUUUUCUAUGCGAAAUGGAGUUACCCUAUUGAAACAUUCUUAUCAAAACAUGCUGUAAUAACACCAUUAAUGAAAGUAUUAUAAAAUGUGCAAUAUCUUGAUUAUGGUUGUAUAUAUAAAAAAUAUUGUUGAUUUUUUUUCUCUGAAUCAUACUGCAGUGAAAAAAACAAACUUUGAAAAAUGACAACAGUGAACAACAAACUAACAUUUUAAUUGAUAUCAAUAUUAUUGUUAAUGUGCCAUAUAUCAUGAACAUAACAUAUGAAAUAAUUAUAAUGCAAUUGUAAAAAUAAUUUUAAUUGAAUGUGAGCAUCUGUCUGGGAAAACGGGUCUAAAUCAUAUGGAAAAAGUGCCGUCCCAGAUCAGGCUAAUCAGGGAUCACACUUUGUGUUUUAAUGGUAUUUUUUAUUUAAAGGAAAUCUCUUCUGGGACAACACUUUAUGCACAUGCAUUAAGCCCCGUUUUCCCAGAGUAAGGUUCAUUUAUAUUAGAAGUUGCUUGAGAUAUUUCAUCACACCCCUUGAAUAUAAGUUGGGCUCUUUUCAAGCACUACUUGGCCCCACUUCUCACCAGAUAUAUUCUGAUAAUCAAAAUAUAAGCAGCUGUAAGGGACUAUUAAGUGGGUAACUUCUACUAAUAUUUUUCAAGUUCUGUUAUUAACUUUGAGGUUGUAUGUUUGCUUUGUGCAAAGUCCAUUGUGAACUUGAAAAAAUCACAAACCAAAAAGUGAAUAUUGUUGGUUACAAUACAUCAAAUAGAGGUAAAAACGCCAAAUAGAGGUUAUAACACACCUAAUUGAGAUUAUUAAACACCAAAAAGAGGUCUUCAUUGUCAUUCUUUAAAAGAAUUUUAGCAUGGAAUGCUGCAAGUUUUGUUCACACUAUACAUUAGAUGGUUUAUUGUUAAAAUGCAAAAUGUGUGGAUGAAUUGCAUAUUUAAAUUAGUACAGAUUACCCGGUAUGUACUUAUGAUGCUUCACAGCAAACUGUGUUUAAUGCAUACAUAAGUUUCUUGAAGUAAUACGGUGCAAAUAUUUUGAGUUAAAGUAACGAUCUCAAUGCUCACUGCGCUUAAAGUCUUCAAUGACUGAAUGUUUAAAGUCUUCAAUGAAAACUGUUAUUCUUACCGAGCAGAUUAUGGGACGAUGUGAAGUUGCUUUUUGCACGCUUUUCUAGCAGAUAAUCAUUACCAACAUAGGGAAUUUAAUUAAAAAAAAUGUAUGUUGUGGCCUUAUUGAAAAUUUUCAAUUUUCAUUUUGUGAUUUUCAAUAACAUUCCAUAAUGGAUUGUAUGUCUUAAAGGCCCUAUAGAGGUGACGAUCCGUAAUUAUUAACCGAUUUUUUCCCAUAUUUUAUUUAUAAAGGUUAUCAAAAAACAAUAUAUAUAUAUAUGCUAUUGGACAUACCAUAAAAAAUUAGCUAUACAACUUGUUCUGAGCUCAAAAUACAGUGUCCUCCAAGUGAAUUGUGUUUACAAACAAUCAGUUUAUUUACAUCGCUGUUUACUCGGGAAAGUGAAAGUGACUUCGGUAACCAAAAAUAUAUCGUUGAUUUUCAACGUUUUCCGGUAUCACUCACAAAGUAGGUCUCUUCUAAAUGGUUAAAACGUUUUAAGCGAUCUAAUAUAUUAAUUUCUGCUCAUAAAAAGUUGUUUAAAAUAGAAUUAAAUUUGAAUUUUCUUUCGGCUGUUUUUAGCAUAUAUCACCGCUUUGAGGCUACACACCACGUUAGUUGCAAAGUUGUAAAUAUUUCUUCCAAUUAUGAAAAGGGUAUAUCUUCCAUAAUUCUUGACAACGUUGCACCUAAGCUGUGUUAUUAGCAUUUUAUAUGCAAGAGUAACUGAAAUCCGGUAAAAAUUAGACCAAUUUAUAUGCAUCAUAAUUGGAUUUGUCACCUUUAUAGGGCCUUUAAACUUAAAGUUUAAAUUGUACAUGCUGAUUAAACACUAUAUUGUACACUUGUUCAUUCUAUAAUGUUCAUAUGAAUGACUGUGUGCCAUGUGAAAUGUAAAUUCGGUUAAUAUUCGCUGUGGUCAUCAUUUGCACAAUGGCUGAUGUUUGAAAAGCAAAUAAAUUAGAUCUCCACAAAAACUUGAUCCCACAGUACUCAAUAAAUGAGGAGCAUACAUGUAUAUAAAUGUAAAAGAUACUCAUAUGUUUAACAUUUAAGACUCCUGUCACAGUUACAUAUUUAUAUCGUAGAUUCUGUCCGGAACUAAAUGUUACAAGUAACAUUUUAGGCCGAUUAUUUGAAGCCUCAUCAAAAUCAAGAGAUUAGAUUCGUGAUUUUUAGCUCGGCUGUUUUUGGAGAAAACCCGAGGUAUUGUCAUAGCCAGCUUUUCGUGUAGUGUCGUCCAGGUCGUGCUAAAACCUUUACAUUUUGUCAAGGUUUUGAACAUUGGCUCUAAAAUCAAAGUGCUUCAAUCAACAACUUUGAAACUUGGUAUGUACCUGCACCUUGAUUAGUUCUACAUGCCACACCCAUAUUUGGGUCACUAGGUCAAAGGUGAAGGUCACUGUAACCUCUAAAAAAAAUAUAAUCUGACAAGCUUUUUUAAUAAUUCACAACUGCACCCGCAGCCGAGCGUGGCACCCGUUAUGUGGUGCUCUUGUUUUUAUAAAUUGAUUCAUCCAGCCCAUUGUUUUAUGCAAGUAAAAUUAAAAAGUACAAACAUAAAUACUACUAAUGUUUGUAUACAAAGUAUUUAAAAUUGUUUUAAGACUUGUCUAACAGAUUUUGUUACGUCAGUAUUUGUAAAACAAUUAUUGUGAAACAUAUGAAUCAUUGUUUGCUUGUCUUCGUUGACUAUUAAAAUGAUUUUAUAAUUGUUGAUUUAACAUUAAAUCAAUCUGAUAAGCUUG